AUGGCUAUCUCGUCAAACACCACGAAGCCAUUCGACAUUGCCAUUGUCGGCGGUGGUAUCGCCGGUCUGACUCUAGCUAUCGCCCUUCACCAUCGCAAUGUGCCCGUUAUGCUCUAUGAGCGAGCCGAUAACUUCCACGAGAUCGGCGCAGGUGUCUCAUUCACUCCUAAUGCCGUGCAAGCGAUGAAGAUGUGCCAUCCUGGCGUACACGACGCCUUUCUCAAAGUCUGCACCUGGAAUGGCUGGGAGUCCAAGCGCAAGACCUGGUUUGACUUCCUAGACGGCACCACCGAAGAUGACAAGGUGGCUUUCAGCAUCAAGACUCCUCUCGGCCAGAACGGUGUUCACAGAGCUCAAUUUCUCAACGAGCUUAUCCACCUUCUACCUUCAGACAAGGUGCAGUUUAACAAACACAUUGAUAACGCAGUGGAAGAGCCUAAUGGCAAGGUUCGCAUGAGCUUUUCCGAUGGCACAACGGCACAUGCCGAUGCUCUGAUUGGCUGUGAUGGCAUCGGAUCUCGCGUCCGGAGGAUCCUUUUUGGAGAGAACCAUCCAUGUGCAAGACCCCGAUAUUCUCACAAGUAUGCCUAUCGUGGUCUCAUCCCGAUGGACAAGGCCAUUGAGGCUGUCGGUGAGGAGAGGGCACGAAACGCAUGCAUGCAUAUGGGACAAGAUGGUCAUGUCUUAACCUUCCAAGUCAACCACGGCGAGAAGCUCAAUGUUGUCGCGUUCCGCACAGAUCCAAAUGAGUGGAGUGAUCCUACAAGGCUCACCAAGACAGCGCACCGCCAGGAUGCUUUGGAUGAUUUCAAGGGUUACAACAGCACCGUGACAAACCUUUUGAAGCUAACAGAAGAGACGCUCAGUGUGUGGGCCAUCUUCGACCUUGGUGACAACCCCGUCCCAUCAUUUUAUAAAGGGAGGAUAGCUAUCCUCGGCGACGCUGCCCAUGCUACAAGUCCCCAUCACGGUGCUGGAGCUGGUUUCUGUAUAGAAGACAGCGCAGUCAUGGCAGAAAUUCUUGCCGAUGAGCGUGUACAAAAUUUGUCAGAUAUCGAGGCUGCAUUUGCCGCUUAUGAUGAGUCGAGAAGAGAGAGGGGUCAAUGGCUUGUCGAUAGCAGUAGGUUUGUUGGAAAUGCGUAUGAGUGGAGGGCAGAGGGUGUUGGAAAAGACAUUCCCAAGAUUGAGCAGGAGAUCAACGAGCGAAUUGGUGUGAUUUCUAACAUUGAGCUUGCGAAGUCAUGCGAGACGGCCAGGGAGUUGUUGAACAAGAAACGAGACUAG